AAAGUUCAUUUUCCUUCACUUUCCUAUAACACUUCUUUUCUCAACUAAACUUCACACAGAUCCUUUGUUCAUCCCAAAGCCUCAAGAUCUUCAUGGAGGAGACAAUUGAACAAGCUCAACUUCAUAGAACAGGUAACCAAAGAGAGCAGAGUUCAAACAAAACUCGAAAACUCAAACGGUACACGCGGUGGAGUCGCAUCGGUUUCUACACUCUUUUUCUUGUGUGUGGCCAAUCUGCUGCAACUCUCUUGGGAAGACUUUAUUAUGAAAAAGGAGGGAAUAGCAAAUGGAUGGCCACAUUGGUUCAAUCAGCUGGUUUCCCAAUUCUCCUUCCUUUCCUUUGGUUUUUUUCCCAACCCACCAAAUCUUCCUCCAAACAGCCAAAUUUUCUCACAUUUGCCUUCAUUUGCUUUGCUUUUGGCCUUCUUUUGAUAGGAGACAACUUGAUGUAUUCUUAUGGCCUUCUCUAUCUUCCUGUCUCUACUUACUCACUUCUUUGUGCAACCCAAUUGGCUUUCAAUGCAGUUCUUAGUUUCUUUCUCAAUGCUCAAAAGUUUACUCCUUACAUACUCAAUUCCCUCGUCCUCCUCAUGGUUUCGGCUUCCCUUUUAGCAUUCAAUUCUGAGUCUGACACCGUGACUUGCUCUAGUAAAGGAAAGUAUGUAAUCGGGUUCCUUUGCACACUCGGUGCAUCUGCUACUUAUUCGUUGUAUCUUUGUCUUCUUCAAGUGUGUUUUGAGAAGGUUAUAAAGAGGGAAACGUUCUCCACAGUGUUGGAUAUGCAAAUAUAUCCUUCGUUUGUGGCGAGUUGCUGUUGUGUUGUCGGACUUUUUGGAAGUGGUGAAUGGCGAGGCUUGAGAGAUGAGAUGAGGGGAUAUGGAAAAGGGAGAGUUUCCUAUGUUAUGACUCUGGUUUGGACUGCAGUGGCAUGGCAAGUCUCUUCCAUUGGUUUGUUGGGGUUGAUUUUUGAAGUGUCUUCACUAUUCUCUAAUGUGAUUAGCACAUUGGCUUUGCCUGUGGUUCCAAUUUUAGCAGUGAUAUUUUUUCAUGACAAAAUGAAUGGGGUGAAGGCCAUGGCUUUAGUGUUGGCUCUUUGGGGAUUUGUUUCCUAUAUUUAUCAGAAAUAUCUUGAUGAGUCUAAAGCCAAGGCACAGAGUGCUAAUGAUAUAAAUGCAGUUUGAUAACAUGCUCAAGUCCGAUUUGAGCUACAACAACUUGCUCAACAAGUCCCAAAAGCAAGAGAGGAAUCAAUAACGAACCACCUAACUUCUCAAGGAUGAGAAAGAAGAUGCUAGUGAAAAGUUUUUAAUGUAGGUUCUUGUUUAUUGUUUUUUUUAGUUC